GCAAAUGGCACCCGCAGACGCAGACGCGCCUUCGGCUGGCCAUCAACUUCAUCGUCCCGAGGAGCUCCCGAAGCCCCGCAUUCGAACGAGCGAACGAAGGAGCGAGUGGUGGAGCUCGCGGAGCAGGGGAGGGCAAGAAUCGAAGCAGACGAGGGUGAUGGUUCUUGCAGGAGGUGGGAUUCGGCUGUGCAGAAAUCGCGAAUGCGAUAUGAUUAUUCUUCCGGGUCGAGAAUUCGGAAUGUCGAUAACGAAAUGUUCGCAUGCACCGUCGUGGAGUGCGGUGCACACGCGUCCGCGUGGUGUGUGGGGAGCUCGAUUCAUUAAUUAAGGGAGGGCGCGCGGUUCGCUUCGGGAGGUGGCGUUUCUUUUUGGAGUGGGUGGAGCCCAGCUGAAUUUUUGAAUUGCAAGAGGUUGGAGACACGGACGGAGGGAGGACUGUGGUGCUGAUUUUGGGCUUGGCUGAGAAGGUCGAAGGAGGGAACCGGGUGAGGGUCGAGUUACUGAUAUUGCGAAGUUAUGGUGGAGCCGGGAAAAGCUUGUUUGACGCUGCAUCAACCGUGGGCGUCGUUGCUCGUUUAUGGGAUCAAGCGCAUUGAGGGCCGUUCUUGGCCUUCUCCCAUCCGUGGUAAACUCUGGAUACACGCCGCUUCAAAGGUCCCAGAACCUGAAACGAUUAAAGCCAUGGAGAGUUUUUAUCGUGAGAUAUAUGCUGUGGAUGGGGUGACAGAGAUCGAAUUUCCAAAGUAUUAUCCCACCUCUGUUCUUCUGGGCUGUGUAGAGGUUGUCGGCUGUUUAAAGCUUGACGAGUUGAUCUGUUGGGAAGAUCUUUCUAAUGGGGUCCGUCUGGAGGGUCAGACCGAAUUUUGUUGGCUCUGUGAAUCACCACAGAAGCUGGUUAUGCCAUUGCAGAUGCGCGGCCGUCAAGGAAUAUACAACAUACAGAAAUCGAUUCUGGACGGAGCUUCAAGGGCUGUUAAGCCAAUUUGUGGACCUGCCCCUAUUACUUUCCCUCCUUUACCUUCUCAGCCUUCUUCUAGCAAUGUGGUGGAUCUACAGAAAGGUCCAAAUGGGAAGUUGAAGGCUCCUCCAAAAUCUGCGGCAUUAGAAGCUUCAAUCGCUGGAGCGCGACAAGCAGCCUCGCAAUUCAGAAGACAAGAAAUCCAGAUGCAAAAGCAGCAGCAGGCACUGGAGGAACAACAGCGGGUGAAAAGGAACAAAUCACCUGGUCAGUCCACUGAUUCUUCCUCGUCCUCCUCCCUAGGCGAUUCGGCAGAAGCUAGAUGGGCACCCUCCGAAUCCACCAGAAUUGCUCGCGCGAUGCACAUGGAGUCUGUGAGACCUACUUCUAGGAUUCUGGCCCAAGCUUUGAGAAGUUCUCAUCAAACAUGACAGUUCUGCUGUCAUGUUUGAUGAGAACUUCUCAAAGCUGUUUAUUGGUUCACUGGAAUGACACUCGCAAAUGCCUGACGCUCAGGUCUAAAUUGUCAACUAGUGUACAGGAAAGACCUAAACACACGCUGAAUUCAGCGAACAGACAAAUUAGAGCAGGAUAGGUGGCCAUGUAUAGGAGAG